AUGUGGUCGGCGGUCCAGUAUCGUCGACUGGGCAAACAAGUCGAGCGAGAUUGGAACAGGCGUCACAACGGAAAGGAGUUUGCGGAAGAUGCCGAUGCCAAUGUCGACGUCGAAGCCGGAAAUCGCGUCAAAUCGCCUCGAACGGCUUCCUCUCCUUCGACUUUGAGGUCAGUCUCAGACUCUCGUACGAGCACCGAACGUUUCGACCACUCUUCAGAUCAGACUCCGAUAGGGGAAAAAGAACAUCAAGGUUCUAACCAAGGGGAUCGUGUAUCCGAGAAGUCCUCGACAGCCGAUGGAUCAAGGAGUGACAAUGACAAUGAAAAAAUCCUGGUCGAGUUAGAAGGGGAGUCGGACCCCCUCGACCCAUGCAACUGGUCUCUUCGCUCACGGUCCAUCAAUAUUGCGGUCCUCUCGUUCCUCAUCUUCGCACAAGGUUGGGCCGGCGCCGCGGACUCGAUGGCCAACGAGUCCAUUAGCAAAGAGUUCCACGUCAGCGCCGUGGCCGAGAACCUCUCGCAGUCAAUGUAUUUGUUUGGUAUUGGUUCUGGAUGUCUCAUUGUCGGACCACUUUCGGAAACGGUUGGGCGGAACCCGACGUACCUGGUAUCGUCACUCUGCUACAUGUUCUUCGUGCUCGGCUCGGCACUCGUGCACAAAUUUGGAGGACAGGUGGUAUGUCGAUACUUUGUGGGGUUGUUCGCCAGCGCCACCUUGGGCAUCAACGGCGCCAGUGUGGGAGACCAGUUCCGGGCGGUGAAGCGAUCGUUUGUGUUUCCGGUCAUCGCAUGGGCCAAUGUUGCUGCUCCCAUGAUGGCACCCGUGGCAGGCGGAUGGAUAACCUCGGACCCAAAACUAGGCUGGCGAUGGUGCGAAUGGAUCACACUAAUCAUCUCGGCGGCAGCAUUCAUCGUGGCAUUUUUGUUCUUGCCAGAAACAUAUCUUCCAGUGCUGCUUGACUGGAAAGCCAAACAUCUCCGACGCGUGACCGGCGACGAUCGAUACCAGUCCAAACACGCCGAAAUACCGUCCCUUGCAAAAAGAGUCAAACAGGUCCUCCCGAUGUCAGUGACAUUCUGCACCACCGAACCCGUCAUCGUCGUGCUAGGCGCGUUCCUGGUCCUGUUGUACAUCCUCAUGUACUCCUUCCUCUCGGGUUUCGAGUACAUUUUCAAAAAAAGAUAG